AUCGGCUGCGACUGUUUCUGUUUUUGUUUCGGCCGGCGCACAUAUGUGAUGUAUCACUACCGAACCCCAUUAAACAUAAAUUUAAGUAAUUAUGAUUAAUAUGGAAGAUAUAAUGAUACCGGAAGUGGAUCGGGGGGAUUCUGUGAUUGAGGAAAUGAGUCAGGACAGUAUAAAAAGUCAGAUAUUUACCAAAUCUCAAUUAGAUAUUGUAGAAUCAUAUCCUAAUGCUAAUGAAAUUUUAUUGAUAAAAGCCGGACCAGGUAGUGGUAAGACAUUAACUAUUGCUCGAAGAAUAUUAUAUUUAAUUGAAGAAUUAAAAAUAAGUCCUGAUCAAAUCUUAGUAUUGUCAAUGACCAAUAGAGCUGUAGAAGCAUUAACAACCACGCUUAAAUCCCUUUCAGAAUCUUAUUUAUCCGAACGCGUUAAUAUUAGUACUUUCCAUUCAUUCUGCUCGCAUUUAUUAGAAGAUUAUGGGUCAUUAUAUGAUGAGAAUUAUAAAAAUAUUCGAUUAUUAGAUGAUUUAAGUUGGAGAAGUUUUUCAUCAAUAUUUACAACUAAAACAGCAACUAUUAAGGGGAAAUCAAUUAGUGGUUCAUUAACUCCAACUAAAUUAGAAAAAGUAAUUGCUUCAAUAAAAGUAGGUAAAACCACAAUAAAAGAAGCUGCCUCUGAGUUUAAAAUAAGUGAAGAAUACUUAAGUGGAUUGAUAGAAUAUUUGAAUAAAAAUGGUAUGAAAAGAUAUCCUGAUUUUAUUUCAGAUGCAAUUAAGUUAAUGAAUAAAUCAUUAAAUAGUCAAAAUUUACCAGUAAUUCAUCAAUUAGCCAAUUAUAAAAUUAUUAUUAUAGAUGAAUUUCAAGAUAUGCAUUAUCUGUUAUUAAAGAUUAUUCAAAAUAUAUCAUCUUAUCCUGGGUUGGAUAAUGAAGGUAAACAUAUUACAAUAGCCGGAGAUCCAAAUCAAUGCAUUUAUGAAUUUUUAGGUUCCGAUCCUAAAUUGUUUGAUGACAUAGGGAAACAUUUUCCUAAUUUCAAAGUAACUGAAAAGAAUAUUGAAGAAACAUUUAGAUUAAGUGAUGAAGUAUUGAAAGUAUCAACUGAAAUUGCUCUAAGACCAAAUGGUUUACUUGAUAAUUAUUUAUCUUCUAUAAAAUCAGUCAAGCAAUUUGGAAUAAAACCAAUCUAUUUUUCAAACGGUUCAGUAAUGGAAGAGUAUGAUUUUAUAGCCAAUGAAAUAUCACGAUUAAUUUUAGAACUGGGUGGAUUGUUGAAGUUAUCAGAUAUUAUUAUCCUUACUAGAACUAAUAGAGAAAUAUAUGCUAUUAGUGAAUAUUUUGAAAAACAUUAUAGUAUCAAAUGUAAUAAAUUUGGUGAUUCUACUAAAUGGGUAUCAUCAAAUAUUCAUAUAUUUCUUGAUAUACUAAAUAUUUUAAAUUUUAAUUGGGGUAGUGAGUUUUGUUUAAUGUGUAUCUUUUUAGUCAUUGAUACUAAACCCAAUGCUAGAAUGAGGAUUGCUAAAUUAUUUUCAGCAUUUGAAACAACUGAAAUAAGUGAACCUGAUAAAUUAAUUGAUUUUAUGCUUGAUGAUUUAUCUAAUAAUGGAGAUUUCUUUUCAUCUAUAUAUAAACCUGUGGAAUUCAAGCACAUAUUAGCAACAUUCAAGAAUUUCCUUGAACAAUGCCGGACUGAAAUCGAAUUCCAAAAAGAUAAUCACAAUCCAAAGAGUAUUAUGGAAUCAUUAUUGAGAAUUACUAGAUCACUGAAUUUACUUGAAUAUUUGAAUAAUCCACAAGAUAUAUCAAUUGAUGAAAGUGAGGCAUCAAUUUCAAAGAAAACUAAAACUCAUAGAAAAGAUUUAGAAACAAAUGUGAUAAUGUUUUAUUCUUCUUUGACUAUAUCAUAUAGAAAAUUCUUGGAAGCAGAGUCUGAUAAAAACUUUAUUGACUUUUUUCUAAGAAGUUAUAGUGAGGACACACCAGUUAUAAAACAUGAUAUGAUUAAUUUAUCAACUGUUCAUACUGCCAAGGGAUUAGAGUUCCCAGUAGUUUUCAUUCCUGGAGCUAUGCCCCGAUUCAGUUGGAAUAGUUUAUAUACGAGUGAUAAUGAAAAGCCUGACCCAAGUAAAGGUAGACUUUUAUACGUAGCAACAACAAGAACUAAAAGUUUACUUUAUGUAGGUUCUUCUGAGCCUUUGAAUAACUUAUCACCAAAGAUGAAUGAAUUAUUUUCCGACAAGUUACCUUCAUUUAAUCUGAAAUUUAAAGGACAAGGAACUUUGUUACAUACCUUAAGUACAGAUUUAAACAGGGUAUAUCCGAACGAAUCAAAGUUGUCGGAGGGAGCAAAAUUAUAUGCUAAUUUCUUCAAAAAAUCAACACCUAAACUUGCAAGAUCAUUUAGUACAACAAGUAAAAUUUAUGCUGGAUAUAGAAGUUCAAUACAAAUGCAGGUUCUAUUUUCAAGAUUCGGAAGAUUCAAAAGGUUAUAAUAGUUUAUCCGAAAUUUUACAUCCAAAAUUUUUGACUGCAAAUUUGCGCGGGAAUAUUUUUCGCGAUCAGAGUCACUAACAAAAUUAAUUUGAUUUGACUCGGCACAUAU